AUGGAUUGUAUACCAAAAGUUCGUUAUCUAUCAAUUAAUUAUAUUAUUCGUUCUUCUCCAGAUAAUCAUAAUGAAUCAUAUCCUGUUCAAUUAUCUGAAAAUUUUAAAAAAGUUUCAUUUUCACUUGAUUUAACUCAACUAAAUCAAUUUGAAAAAAUUAUAAAAAAUUUCUUUGGUAAUGUUGCAGUUUUAACAAUGUCAACAAAUUAUGAUGAAGCAUAUUUAGAUGCAAAUAGAUGGGAACUUAUUAUAUCAUCUUAUAUGCCUCAUUUACGUAUUUUUGAUAUUAAACAUGAUGGUUGUGUAUCAAAAAGUACAUCAACGUAUCAUAAAAGAAAUUAUUACAAACUUUAUUGGUCAUUAAAUAAACAAAAAUGUUCACAUAUUGAAACAAAACAUUUUAAUUCAGUUACAUAUAUUUAUAUUUAUGGUAUUAAUGACAAUAAUAAUACAAAUAAUAAUAAUAAUAAUAUAUAUUUUCCAAAUGUUAUUGAAUUAACACUUGAACAAUGUAUGGAACAUUUGGAUUAUUCUUUAUCAGAAAUAUUAAAUAAUAUACUUCCAUUACAUAAAAUUAGAACAAUAAUUAUUAAAAAUUUUUAUCUUCAUUUAAAACAAUUGAUCGAGAUAUUAUAUUAUACAUAUUCUUUAAAUACAAUUGAAAUUGAUUAUUUAUUUUAUGAUGAUAUUGAACAGUUUUUAUUUAAAAGAAACAAUGAUGUUGAACAUAUAUCAAAAAUAAAUAAUGUUAAAGCAUUUAACCUCUUGGAUACCGCUGUCUUCAGGCUGAAGACAAGCAGAACGCAAGAAUAUUUUUUCGUUCUGUCGUAUCGAUAA